ACAUUUUUCUUUGUUUAUAGGUGUGGAAGAAAAUGUCAGUCAGCAUGCAUGAGAAUCGCAAAUCUAGGGCCAGUACUGGCUCCAUAAACAUAUAUUUAUUCCACAAAUCAUCCUAUGCCGAUAGUGUCCUUACUCACCUGAACCUUCUGCGUCAACAGCGUCUCUUUACAGAUGUGCUUCUCCAUGCUGGGAACAGGUCAUUCCCCUGCCAUAGAGCUGUUCUAGCUGCUUGUAGCCGCUAUUUUGAAGCAAUGUUCAGUGGAGGACUCAAAGAGAGCCAGGAUAGUGAAGUCAACUUCCAUAAUUCCAUUCACCCGGAAGUCUUAGAGCUUCUUCUGGACUAUGCAUAUUCCUCCAGGGUUAUCAUCAAUGAGGAGAACGCGGAGUCGCUGCUGGAGGCUGGCGACAUGCUAGAGUUCCAGGACAUUCGGGAUGCUUGUGCAGAAUUUCUAGAAAAAAACCUUCAUCCCACCAACUGUCUUGGCAUGCUGCUGCUGUCAGAUGCUCACCAGUGCACCAAGCUUUAUGAACUCUCUUGGAGGAUGUGCCUUAGCAACUUCCAGAGCAUCAGUAAAAGUGAAGACUUCCUCCAGCUGCCAAAAGACAUGGUAGUGCAGCUGCUUUCCAGUGAAGAAUUAGAAACUGAAGACGAAAGGCUGGUAUAUGAGUCAGCUAUCAACUGGGUCAACUAUGACCUGAGUAAGCGUCACUGUUAUCUGCCUGAGCUAUUGCAGACAGUCAGACUGGCUCUCUUGCCAGCCAUAUACCUUAUGGAGAAUGUAGCAAUGGAAGAACUUAUCACCAAGCAAAGGAAAAGCAAAGAGAUUGUAGAAGAGUCAAUAAGAUGCAAGUUAAAGAUCUUACAGAAUGAUGGAGUGGUCACUAGUUUGUGUGCCAGACCCCGUAAAACUGGCCAUUCACUCUUUCUUUUGGGUGGCCAAACCUUUAUGUGUGACAAGCUGUACCUGGUGGACCAAAAGGCAAAGGAGAUCAUUCCGAAGGCUGACAUCCCAAGCCCACGGAAAGAGUUCAGCGCUUGUGCCAUAGGUUGCAAAGUGUAUAUCACAGGAGGACGGGGAUCAGAAAAUGGAGUCUCCAAAGAUGUGUGGGUGUAUGACACUCUUCACGAGGAGUGGUCAAAGGCUGCUCCCAUGCUGGUAGCUAGAUUUGGGCAUGGCUCUGCUGAACUCAAGCACUGUUUGUAUGUAGUAGGAGGACACACUGCAGCAACUGGUUGCCUUCCAGCUUCCCCUUCAGUAUCCUUAAAGCAAGUAGAACAAUAUGACCCUGUGACCAAUAAAUGGACCAUGGUUGCCCCACUCCGAGAGGGAGUAAGCAAUGCAGCUGUAGUCAGUGCAAAGCUGAAGCUAUUUGCUUUUGGGGGUACCAGUGUUAGCCAUGACAAGCUGCCCAAAGUUCAAUGUUAUGAUCAGUGUGAAAACAGAUGGACAGUACCAGCCACCUGCCCCCAGCCCUGGCGUUACACGGCUGCAGCUGUUCUGGGUAACCAGAUUUUUAUUAUGGGUGGAGAUACUGAAUUCUCUGCGUGCUCUGCUUAUAAAUUCAACAGUGAGACAUACCAGUGGACUAAGGUGGGAGAUGUGACAGCUAAGCGAAUGAGCUGCCAUGCAGUGGCAUCUGGAAACAAAUUAUAUGUUGUUGGAGGCUACUUUGGCAUUCAGAGAUGCAAAACAUUAGACUGCUAUGAUCCCACGUUAGAUGUAUGGAACAGCAUAACAACUGUGCCCUAUUCAUUAAUUCCCACGGCAUUUGUCAGCACAUGGAAGCACCUCCCCUCAUAAUUGUGUGUAUGUUGCAAUUACAAAUUAUCAGUUGUACUCCAUUAUUUAGAGAAGAAAAUUGGAACCUCAGAUCUGGAGAAACGGUUUUAAUGAAGAAAAAUCGUUCAGUGUCUUUUGCAUUUGAAGAAAAUCAUCUGCACCUUUUAAAUUAUCUAAUCUAGACAUGAAGGAACGGGAGGAAAAAACUGCCUUCGGUGCUUCAGCACAUGGUUUAAAUAUGAAUGAAUGAACCUGUGAUCUGGUCCUUGUGCUAGUAAUUGUGGAUUAAUGCCAAUGUUAAUCAAUCCUUCAAAGGAGAAAAAAAGAGACAGAACUUCUCUGAGCUGUGCAGCACACAACUCGUGAUUUUCAUGGACUCCACUGUUUGUGUGUGAAAUUUGAAAUGGUUGUCACCUCUCUUUGUGAUGGUUUGAAGUGCCAGCACCAGCUGCAGAGGAAGCAGGCCAGGUCUGAAGCAGUGAGAUGUUGCUGUGAAUGAAGAUGCAGCAGAAUUGCUGCAGAACUCUGCUUACUGGAGCGAGCUUGUCUGUGGGCAAUGCCUACAGCAGCUUUUAGGUGCCUGUGUUGUGUUGUCCUGUGUGCAGUGAGUAACCUUCUGUUUGAUAAGGAAUGGCACAGUGGUGAAAUGUUUUUGCAACAGUGGAGAACAAAACUGAUGUCCCGCAAAUGCUUAUUGUUCCCUUUCCUCCCUGUAUUUAUAAGUAAUUCAGACUGUCCCAUUCCUGUUACGUUACUUGUUGUAGAUACAGUUAUUUAUUGUUCAGUGCUUGCAUGCUGAAACAAUGCCUGCAAUUGUCUUCAUGUGGUCAGGGCUUGUGUGAAUUGUUGUAUGUUUUGCACAUUUUGUGAUCGCUGACUUGCUCUGCUGCACAAAGAAAGAAAAUUGUUGAGUAACAGUUGGAGGUGGGAGGGAGGGGUGGCUUCCCCGUCAGAACUGGAACGAUUACAAGGCAGGAUCUUAAAUUACACAUGUACUAAAGGAAGAAGCCAUGGAGGUCACUUUCUCAGGCCACCAGCUCCCCAGGUUGCAUGUGGUGUGUCUUGUAGAUGAUGUCCCUGCUACAUUUCAUUUGCUGGUCAUACCUUUGAAUUUCUAGUCUGAAAACAGCACAAAUCACUUACAACUCUCUCUUUGUGCAGCUUCCCGAUUGCAAUGCAGAUACUGUGGAAUAGCUUCUGGAUACCAAGCCCAGAUGAAGUCGUUGUCCAAAGUUAUUUAUUUAUUUAUUGGGUUAGAGGGUGGGGUACUUAGUAUAGCCACACUGACCUGAAUGAGUAGAGUACGGCUGAUUCAAGAAUAAAAACAAAACAUUCAAGGUAGGUUAGUGAUGAAGUCUUAAAAAAAGAAAAAGAAGCAGAACAGCAAUUUUGCACUGACUGGGUUGGCUCAUCCCUCUGGAUUUCAGAGGGGGCAGCUGAGUGGGCAGGUGUCAAAGACCCGAGCUCUCUAGCAAAAUUCCUAUUAGGAUAGAAAAUGAAUUUCAGAACUCUUAACCUUAAAAAUAGCCCUCAAGCUCUGCUGUCUCUUAUUCUCCAUAGCCAGGUAUGUCUUUAAACAUUUGGCUGCUCAGAAGUGUCAGGUACAAUCCUGAGAAGCCAAACUUUAAUUUUAUAAAUAAACUUGUUUCUUUUUAUCAGUCUGGUCUUGAGACAGAUAGGAAGCUACUUUCUCCUCUGAAUUUCAGAAGCUUAUGUUUCACAGAUGCUUUCUUUGCCAGAUUCUGUUAUGAAGCAUGUAUUGUAUUGUGUUUUUUUCCUAAGUGUUUAUAGAGCCCAGUUUAACUGGCACAUUCAGUACCAUGGUUGAUGUGUGCCACAGGAUAAGUAAAAAGUUUGCAUGCAUGCAUGCAAAACAGAAAUAAUCACAUUGGUGAUGCUUGCUUUUCUCUGUGUGACAGUGGUGUAGCUGUAUUUGUGAAAAUUUUAUCAUCUGAAAGUAUUAACACUGGUCACUGAAAAUUUCUCUGUGCUGCCUUAUGUUUGACUUGCUGUUUGGAGUAGAUAGACCCUUACAUUUGAGAAGUAGGAUGUUUGGAGUUCUGCGAGUACUGAAAGAACAUUGCUUAAUUAUUGAAGGCAAUGGCUUUUUUGGGGGGAGGGGGAGGAAGGCCCAGCUAGAUGUGAACGGUUACAGUUCCUCUGGUUAAGUUGAUCUGUUGAAAGAACAGAUUUUUUUUUUUUGAAGUGUUUAAGCUCACAGCCUUCCCCUCUGAAUUGAUUCUUUUCUCUUAUAUGUCUUUUAAGCAAUAGAAAAACACCUUAGAUAGGAUAGGUCUUCCUAUAACCCUUUACUUGCACAGGUUGUCCUGUUGAAGUAAACAGAAUUGAAUUGCUGUUGCCUUUCAUCUUGUGGAUCACUCCUGUGAAUUGGAAGUGAGCCGUAAAAUCAGAUUUCCUAUGUUUUGCAUGUCCUCUCCCCAGGCAUUAGUCACUACAUGAGGUGCAAGGAAGUGAAGAACCAGGUUCCUAGGGGACCCCUUGCUUGAAUAAGGACAUAAAGGUUCAAGACCUGUUUUCUCCAUCAAAUUGCUUAGAGUCCAGACGUGAAGCUGCACUGCGUCCAUUUAGCUUACAACACAAUUCUGUUUUGUAGCACCAUGCAACUUCCGGAAGUGAGAUGAAUUUUCUGCAGCUGUUUCCAAAGUUGUGGUCUGCUUUCAAGUACUCGAUUAAUUUCUGUGUGUAGGCUGAAGGAAGCUGAAGUCAGGGUGGGCCUCUGGCUCUGCAGGGAAUACGCUGGGCUCUUGCUUUUUGAAUUGAUGUGGGAAUCCUGGCUAGCUACUUGACCAUUCUAGUCCUGCAAAACACCCCACACUUUGAAGCAAAUGCAAUUUACAGCGGAGUGCACACAAAAACCUUGGCAUAAGACAAGAAGGUUCCUCUUAUUUUGCAGGCUGGUUGCUGUAGAAACAUAUAACAAAGGACAGCCUUCCUCUUCUGGUAUAAUUGUGUAGCCCCUUUUCUCUAGGUCUGACACCUGUCUGAAUAAGAGUGAUUAGAGCAGAAUAAUGUUCCCUUUCCUGGCUAUUGAAGAUGUGGUUCACGUACUAAAAGAAAAUCGUACAAGUGAAGAAGUAAAAUGUCUGUGUUGUGUCUUUUUGUUUGCUACUACAUCUUAAGGUUUUGUAAAACUUGCAUUUUUUUUUUUUUCACAAUGUGAAACUGAAGGUCAAUAAAUUAUUAGAGAUUUUCUCUUUGGAUCAUUUCUUUUAAAGGUUGACUCUCUUUCUCCCCUCCACUCCCCCCUGCAGAAAUGUUUUAAAUCCUUUAUAAUGUCCUUUUCAUGUCCUUUUCAUGUCCUUUUAAUAAAAAGACAUCAACAACA